AUUGAAACCAGUAACUAUUAUGAUUAUGAUUUUGAUUUUUAGUGUAAGUAUUAUUACUAUAUAUUUGGAAGGAUGAAUUUUGAAUCUUUAUUUUAGAUUUGAGUGGAUUUAAACAAAUUUUAAUAUAAUUUUUUCUUACAGUUUAUUUGAGUGAAAACAUAAUUAAUCCCUAUUAUUAAGCAAAAUUUAUUUUAAAGACUUUUACUUACUAAUUUUAUGCAAUUAUAUUGAAUUUAUAUUACGUAUUAUGUCAAUAUUAUUUAUUAGGAACCUAAUAUUAAAGAAAAAUCUCAAGAAGUUUUGUUUAUAAAGUUACUAUGUCUUCUCUUUUUGACCUCAAGUGCUAGUUACAAUAAAACCUUUUAAAAUAAUAAUUUAUAAUUUUUCAGUAAUAACUAACGUUAUUGAUCAAAAUAAGACAAUAUCAAUUUUGAAUCUUGAAAUUGAAUUGAAUAAAUUUAGACAAAAUAACUUAAUAUAAUUUUUAUAUUGUAUUUUGUUUAAAUCCAUAUAUAGUUAAAUUUAAGAUCUCUCCUAGAGAUAAUGUAAGAGCACUCAAAAAUUUGUUUGUUGAUUUGAGAAAAAAACAAAAAAGGAAAAUUUUAACCAUUCAUUUUUCUGUUAGCAACCAUGACCAUGAAUGGAAAUUUUUUUGAAACAAACAUAAAAAUGGUUAUAUAAAGGAAUUAGCUUAUGAAGGUGAGGUUUAAGAAAUUACAAAAAAAAAAAAAGAAAAAAAAAAGUUCAAAAGCAUAAAUUUCUUCUUAUAUUUUGUAAAAGAUAAUUUUUUUUUUGAGAGAAUUACUGUCAUUUUCAUAAAUUUUAGGAAAAGAAUUGUAAUAUUUUUAAAAUUUUAGAAGAGAUUAAUUGAAUUUUUGACUUAGUUUAUGUAGGGGGCAGUAGAAGGGGUAUGAGUUUAAAAUAAUUUGGGAGGAGAUAGUAAAUAAAGAUUUAAUAUACUUGAAUUUAUUAAAAAAAAUUGUCAAUUGGAGAAAAAUGAUUGAUAUAACAGACUUCACUAGUGAAACUAAGACUUGAUUUUGUUGUAUUAAUUGAAUUUUUGAGAUUUUAAGACAUAUUUUUGUACUUUCAUAAAUUCAAUAGGUAAGUGUGUGUUUGUGUGAACAAGAAAUUUGUAGCAAAAUUCCAUCAGCAUUCUCCACCUCACAUGAGCCCAAUCGUGCCACGUCAGAGUAUGGCAUCCGACCCAGCCAAUCAGAGCAGUAUGCAGCAGAUAAAGCCCAUUCCACUCGUCAUCCAUCCCCCCAAUUAUCCAACCAAAGCCACACGUAGCUUCUUAAAAUAGUCCCUCACCACUCUUCUUCUCCUUCUGAUUAUUCAAUUCAUUCUCCAUCCCCGGCACAACACCCCAACUCCCAUCUCUCUCAAACAAUUAUGGCCGCAGUUACCUCUUCCGCCGUCGCCAUCCCCUCCUUCACCGGCCUCAAGGCCACCGCCUCCGCCGGUUCAACCCCCUCCAGAGUUUCCCUCCCAGCCAAGACGGCGCCGGGAAGGCUGAGCGGCGUCAAGGCCUCCCUCAAAGACGUGGGGGUGGCGGUGGUUGCCACGGCGGCCAGCGCCGUGCUGGCGAGCAACGCCAUGGCGCUGGAGAUACUGCUGGGGGGAGACGACGGGUCGCUGGCGUUCGUGCCCAGCAACUUCAGCGUGCCGUCCGGGGAGAAGAUAGUGUUCAAGAACAAUGCGGGGUUCCCCCACAACGUGGUGUUCGACGAAGACGCGGUGCCGGAGGGGGUGGACGCCGCCAAGAUAUCCAUGAACGACGAGGACCUCCUCAACGCCCCCGGCGAGACCUACGCCGUCACCUUGACCGCCAAGGGCGACUACGGCUUCUACUGUACCCCUCACCAGGGUGCCGGCAUGGUCGGAAAAGUCACCGUCAAUUAGAACUUCCAAUCUCAUUUUUUUUUUCUCCUCCUUAUUUUAGCUCCACUCCGCAUCUUUUAUAUAUAUAUAUAUAUAUAUAUAUAUAUAUAUAUUGUUUUUUUUGUUUUCCCUUUUUUGGGUAGGUACGUAGCAGAGUUUGUUUGCUAGUCUCGCGUCUUUGGAAAUCAAAGAACGUAUUAUUAGGGAGGCCCGUAUUGAUGUGCCUUCUUGUUGUAUCACAUUUUAUCAUUUAAAUUGUAGAAUUUGCGGUGCA